UUUUAGUGUGUGUGUGUGAGAGUGUGUGUAAAUUGCACUGAAGAUUUCUCGAACCCCAGAAAAUAAACAUUGACCAAACAUCAGACCUAUAACCAACCAUAAAUAACAUCAACAAUUGAAACAUUAAAGGAUGGCUAGAAUCACUGUCAUUGGGUCAUUGAAUUACGAUUUGGUGACAUUCACCGAUAAAGUCCCUGCUGGUGGAGAAACGUACCAAGCCCUUUCAUUUGAGACUCAUCUUGGUGGGAAGGGACUUAAUGAAUCCUUAGCGAUUGCUAAAUUAUCCCCACCACGGUCUAAAGCAUCUUCACCUACUAAGAAGGAGAAAGCGAAUAAGACCGAGAUCACAAAUGCGGAUGAGAAUGAUUUUCCUGUUCGGAUGAUUGGGAAUGUGGGUGAUGAUGAUUUUGGAGCUCAAUUGAAACAAAUCUUGAUUGAUAAUAAUGUCGAUACGAAAUAUGUAAAGACUUUAAAGGGAGUACCAAGUGGUACGGCUACGAUUUUAGUAGAGAAGACUAAUGGUGAGAAUCGAAUUUUGAUAGUUCCUGGUGCUAAUGGAGAAUUAAAACCUACUAAUAAAGAUUAUGAAGAAUAUUUCCCCCAAAGUCAUGAAGAUGAUGAUAUAUCAGAGUUUGUUAUCUUACAAAAUGAAUUCCCUGAUACAGUCAAGACGAUAAAUUGGAUCCAUUCUAAUCGAUCCACCAUUAAUAUCUGUUAUAACCCUUCCCCUUUCCAAGCUAAUAUCAUGAAUCAAGAAUUAUUACAAAAGAUUGAUAUUUUAAUUGUGAAUGAAGGAGAAGCAACUGAUAUUGCCAAGAUCCUCUAUACCAAGAAAGAAUUCCAUGAAUUUGUGACUGCAGGCCGAGAAGGGUUAGAUCAAUUAGUGAUUGAUUUGUUUAAUAGUAUCAAUUAUCAAAAUAAUCAAACGGUGAUCAUCACAUUAGGUUCUACUGGAUGUAUUUUCAUGGACAGAUCUGCUGAUGAUGUUCAAUUCUUACCAGCGGAAAAGAUUUCAAAGAGAGCUAUCGUUGAUACUACUGGUGCUGGUGAUACCUUUUUCGGUGGGGUGGUUAGUAGUUUAGCUAAUGGGUUAGGACUUAUUGAUGCGAUUAAAUUUGCAACUAUUGCCAGUAGUAUUGCAAUUCAAACUAAAGGUGCGGCUGAGAGUAUUCCAAGUUAUAAGAUUGUAAAGAAGUUAGCAUAAAAGGGAUUUAUUAAAUGUUUAUAUUAAUUAGAAGUUGUUGUUGUUGAUAUAAAAAGAAAAAGUUUAAUAAUAAAGGGAGAAGAUAUCAUAAAUUAGAGAGACAA